AUGUUGACCCAAACCACCUGCGAAAGACUCACCGAAAUGCCUCUGGUCAAGAAAAGAGUCCCUGACCGGAACGCUGGAUGUCCUUCCGGUGAGCAUCGAACUUGGGAAGAUCAAACCUUAACGACACCAACACAUGAUUUAUCUCACACGCGGAAAAAAGGUUAUCACGACUUGAGAUCUCUCGGUCGUGCUGAGGACUUUAACAGACCAAAACCAGACAUCUCGCCACCCAUACCAUCAUGGUCUUCUCAGGUACUCGCACCCCGACCUCCGCCAAAAGAUGAAAAAUAUCUGGAUGUCAAUGCACCACAAAAAGAGGAAAAGCCGCAAGAGGCUAAAGACAAACCUCCGAAGAAAGAGCAAAAGUCUCAUACAACUGACGAUAAGGCCAACGACUUCUUUAACAAUUUAUCUUCGAUCCCAGAAGGAGAAACUGCCGCCCCAAAGACCAACCCUUAUUUGGAGGCAGCUCGAAGAAAGGUUUUAGAAGAGCACAGAAAAGCAAGUGGUCAGAGAGAAAAGCGGAAUUCAUGGGGUAAACGUCUACCAGAUGAUUAUCAAAGCAGGAGAGUUCACAAGGCGAAGGUUAGGGGGUUCAUGAAUAGUCAGGCAAGGCCAUCUACGACUUAUCUUACUUCGGAAACUACUCAUUCCGAAGCGUCACUCCGGAAGACAAGUCUUGAUGACAGUGUUUUCAGAGAAACGAUACCGGAUUCAACGUCAGCUGAAUUGGUGAAUAUGCUGUCAAAAGAUUCGGAUGUGAAUCAUCCGAAGAGUGAGGAAAGAAUCAUUAAGUUGACAUUUGAAGAUCGACCAAGAACAUCUCCAGAGGACAUCAUUUCAGAAUCUCAUGACGAGAGUGUCAGCAAACAUCCAUGGACCAGUCAGUUCCCAAGUAAUGCGACAAUCUCAAAGAAACUCUCGAUCGAAGAUAUGAUGUUUUCAAGAGGUCGCAAAAAGUCUCGGGCCGGAGAGACAUCCACACCAGGCAAGUCAGAACCAGCAGCCAAGGCGUGUCGUUUCAAGGGAAAUACAAGAUCGCUGCCCAAAGAAGCUCAGAUGCUAGGAGUAGAGCUUUCAGAUAUACCAAAACUAAACCAUCCAACUAUUCUUCGACCAAGUCCUCGCCGGUUAUGGCCACACAAAGGUUCGCCAAAUCCUCUAGCAUCAAAUCCUUGUACACCUUCUGCUAAAAAGCAUGGCCUUCCUUCGAUUUCUAUUUCGCAACAUGUCAGAAAGUCUUCGGCAGUAUCAACCAAUAUCCGCAAUGAUGUUAAAGCUCAAAACUCGCCUCCCCUAUCGGCGCAACCACCAAGAUCACCUUUAUCACCAACAUCCUUCCAUACGCCGAAAUCCCGUGGAACUCCUACCAGCUCCAUUCAUUCCCAUCAGUCCCCGUCUCGCAUACCACCGAACCUUCCAACAUCUCCGAAAAGUCGAGCUAUGCUAGCAGAUCUUUCUUCAUCGUCUUCUUCAAGCUCUUUAUCGCAUUCGUCGACAAAACCCCGCCGCAUUUUAACUGCAUCACCCAGAGAUUCUCUUCUGAACCAAAAUAUUUCACCUGCACCAGCCCCGUUGGACAUACCAUGGAUGAACGCCCGAGACUCUCAGUUACCGACCUUGGAUGAGGCUACAUUGGGCCGUCUGUGUUCAGAACGGAAGGAAAUGAAUGAUAGGAAUGAUAUGAACGACAGGAACGUCUUGAAAUAUAUGAAUAAUAUGGACAACAUCAACGAAAUAAACGACAUGACAGAGAUGCUCGAGGAGACCGGGAGACUCGAUAUGCCAAUACUAGACAUCAGCGUCGGAAAUUUCAUGCACGAAAAAGGCAACAGAGCGCAGCGGCGACGCGAUACAGUCGGCGGAAGACGUCGAGACAGGUCGAGCGACAAUGAAGUAGGUACAUCAGAGUCAAGGGCCCCGAUGGGAUUUAUCGCCAACUCAAAGACGUCUCCCAACAUCUUGGAGCGAGCCUUACCGGACCUACCACCGGAAACAGUGUACGAUGCCGCUGUCGUGGCGAAAGCAGAAAGGGACUCGCCAGAGAUAAUGAAAGACCCGCCAUCUCGUGGAUCGUCUUCUUCAUCACCAACUCGGAUCGCAGAACCUACACCUCGACGUGCUCCACCAACGUCGAAAUUCAACUCGCCUAGAACAGCAUCCCCGUUAUCUCGUUCUUCCUCACCACUUCAUCUACCGACGUCAAAAUUCAACUCGCCACACACGCGAUCCCCGUUAUCUGGUACUUCGUCGCCGAGAAGUGUGAGAUCGAAUGACGAUGCUGAUGAUAAGCUUGAUCCAGCACCUCUUGUCGAGAUUUUCAGGUCCGGGAAUGUGAUUUCGAGGGAUAUUGGAUGGAAGGAGGGUGUAGUGGAGGGAUAUGGGAAGGGGUUUCGGGAGGGCUUCGCGGAGGGGGUUGCGGAGAUGGUUAAGGGGAAGAUGGUGCAGAGGAGUGAGGUUCGGGUUGUGGAGGUUGAGAAGGGGAGGAGUGGUGGGGAGGGGAGAGAGGGCGGGAAAUGA